AUGGCUUUUAAGGACACCGGAAAGACGCCUGUGGAACCGGAGGUGGCCAUUCACCGGAUUAGAAUUACCCUAACCAGCUGCAAUGUCAAAUCCCUGGAGAAGGUGUGUACCGAUUUGAUCAGAGGCACAAAGGAGAAGAACCUGAAGGUGAAGGGACUGGUCAGGAUGCCUCCCAAGACUCUGAGAAUCACUACAAGGAAGACUCCUUGUGGGGAAGAUUCCAAGACCUGGGAUCGUUUUCAGGUGAGGAUCCACCAGCCACUCACUGACUUGCGUAGGCCUUUUGAGAUUGUCAAGCAGCUCACCUCCAUCAGCAUUGAGCCUGGAGUAGAGGAAAAGUGUGAUCGCGUCUUCAAUGUCUUCUGCUUGUAUGGCAAUGUGGAGAAGGUGAAAUUCAUGAAAAGCAAGCCAGGGGCUGCCAUGGUAGAAAUGGCUGAUGGCUAUGCCGUCGACCGGACCAUCACCCACCUCAACAACAACUUCAUGUUUGGGCAGAAGCUGAAUGUCUGUGUCUCCAAGCAACCAGCCAUCAUGCCUGGUCAGUCAUACGGGCUAGAAGACGGGUCUUGCAGUUACAAAGACUUUAAUGGCUUAAGAAACAAUCGAUUUUCCACCCCGGAGCAGGCAGCCAAGAACCGCAUCCAGCACCCAAGCAAUGUGCUGCAUUUCUUCAAUGCUCCCCUGGAGGUGACCGAGGAGAACUUCUUUGAGAUCUGUGACGAGCUAGGAGUGAAGCGGCCAUCUUCUGUGAAAGUGUUCUCAGGCAAGAGUGAACGCAGCUCCUCUGGGCUGCUGGAGUGGGAAUCCGAGAGUGAUGCCCUGGAGACACUGGGCUUCCUGAACCAUUACCAGAUGAAAAACCCAAACGGGCCAUACCCAUACACCCUGAAGUUGUGUUUCUCCACUGCUCAGCAUGCCGCCUAA